GCGAAAUUCUUGAGCCUGUCGAGUAGCGGGUAAAUUGUAAAAUCACCUGGCAGAAAUAUCACUCUAACUCGUUAAUUGUAACCGAAUAUUAACAUUUCCGUCGACAGACUAAAAUCAACAAACAUGAGCCGCCCACCAACUGCCGGUCGUAGACCUACGACAAGCCGUCCAAUGACUAGGCAACCUGGACCCUCAGCCAGAACAACCGGCGCUGCUGGUGGCCCACCCCCAGGGACUUCAAGACCUGAAUCAAGAGGUGGUGCUGCUGCUGGUGGAAGUGGGGUGCUUGAUUCUAGGAUCAAUGUUGCGGAUAGACCAAUUACACAGCAGGGUCUAGGUGGUAUGAAAAUGGGACCCAGAAAGCUUAACAGAAUGGUCAGAGAUCAGUCAUACUUCCUUGGUUUGUUAAGAACCAAAAUUCAUGAUUUGGAAUCAGAAAGUGCAAAACUACAGAAAGAAGUGGAUCAUUUCAAUCAAGAAAAUUCACAAUACUUGUCUUAUGAGAAAACUGCGGAAGCUUUAGCUGCAGAGCUCAAGGACUUACAGGGUCAUCUAGGUGAUUACAAUACUUUAGUUGACAAGCUGAACACUGACACUGAAAUGGAUGUUGUAUUAGAAGAUUUCAAUGAGCUCAAAGUACAAAAUGACAUGGAAGCCAAAAGUAUAGAUGCUAUAUUCACUGAACGACAAGAGAAAGAGCAACAAAUUCAGCUUGUUGAGGUUGAAAUUGACCAGUGCAAACGAAUGGCAGAUAGUCUUGUGGAUGAUAUGAGUCCUACAAUGAAAAACAAAUACAUGCAGCUUAAAGUUACAAAUGAAACUUUGUUGAGAGAUCUUGAAGCCAAACAACAGGAAUUAGAUGCCUUGAAUACCAAAAGAGACAAUCUAGAAGAUGAACUAUCGACCUCACAAGUAAAACAGGAAGCUGUUAGAUUGUAUGAACAAUUACAUGAACUAGAAGCCAAGAAAGCAAGUAUAGUGGACGAAGAACAACAAAAAGGAUCACCUGCUGAAGAAAGAGAAAGAUUAUUAAAACAAGUCAAAGAAGAUAAUCAAGAAAUAGCCAGUAUGGAAAGACAAAUUCAAGAGUUGAAAGAGCAGAUUAAUAAUAUAACCGAAGAAAUUCAACACCUCGAGAUGGAUUUAGAAGAACAUCAAGGUGAAAGAAAUAUGAAAUACAAAGAAUUGAAAAAGAGAGAAGAAACCAUGAAUGAAUUUUUAGAAAGUUUUGAAGAAACAAAAUCAGCAGAAAUGGAACGAAAGACAGCUAUCGAAGGGAAUAUACUAGCUUUGUUAGAACACACCAGCAGAAGUCUAGGUCGGACUAAACAUAUGCCAACUCCACAAGAACUAGCGAGGAUGCAAGAGGAUUUAAGUUUCAAAGAAAACGAAAUGCAGAAAUCACAAGCUACUGCUUCAGGUCUAGCAACAGAGAGUACACGAUUACAUAUGGAUCUACAGAAAGUAGAACAACUGGAAACCAAAAUAAAUGCUGAAUUAGAAACGCUACGAGACAAAAUCAAACAGAUGAACGAGGAACUUAAGACAUACAGUGAUCUCGACUCUCUCAAAAAACAAGCUGAUGACAAGAAAAAGAAAUUACACGAGGAUAAAAUGAAUUUGAUGAAAAGAAGAGACACAUUCAAGAAAUUCAUGCAAGAAUUAUCAUCUCAGUACGAAGCAUUGAAAGCACAGUUGAAUGAUAAUGAAACUCACUUACAGCUUGGUAAUUUAGAGCGCAAAUGGCAACACCAUGAACAGAACAACUUUGUGAUGAAAGAAUUUAUUGCUGCUAAAAGUAUGGAAAGUGACUAUCGGCCAACAGUGAAGAAUGUCAAGGGUAUGCUGGCAGAGUAUAAUAAAAUUAUACAGGAUAGUGUCGGCCGUGGUCUUGGACAUUAACUCCAAUUUUAUCAAAGUUUAUUUGCUUUUCCUCAUUAGGUAUCAGUAUCUUUUAUUCCUUUCGAAAGUUAUGUCCAAUUCACAUAUGACAGUGAUUUAACUGAAAUUGAAUUCUUUGGGAAUGUGUCUUACAGGUCUGUUACACUGAGG